AUCCUUCCUGUUCUUAUAGGACCAGAACCAACUGAAAGUACGCAGUCAGUGCUCAGUGCUGUUCACAGAGAAAGCCACGUGGGCUAGAGUUUCUGUAGGAGGUUCUGGCUGCUCUCCAAGCAACCCCAUUCCCAGCAUUGCCAUUCAGUUGUGCCAAGGAGAUCAAUACAUACAGGGAAGCAGGUUUGGUGACUAGAAUAUGGAGAAGGUGGGAAAACUAUAAGAUGGCCAAGAAGGAGGGAGAGAACAUGAGACAGACCACUGCCCAUUUAACACUUAAUCAAUAUAAUAUUGCUCAUAUGUUUCUAAAAUUAGAAUUAAGGUACUUGCAUAGCUGUUGCUUUGUAGAGCAGAACUUGGUUAGGUCUUUAUUCUCAUUAGGUAUGACUGGGAGAUGACAUAUUUUGGGUGUCUGAUGUAAGGAGGUGAUAUGUACACACUGUGAAAUGAUCAGUGUGACAUGACAUAUAGUUAACAUCUGUCACUGAAUGUAGUCAAAAAAAGCUUUUUCUUAUGAUUUUUAAGAUCUAUUUUCUUAGCAAGUGUAGUCCGUAUGUUGUGCAUUACAUCAUCAUGACUUUUUAAUUUUUAUUUUGGAAGCUUGUACCUUUUGACCCUCUUCACCCAUUUAGCCCACCCCCUGCUCCUGCCAACUGACAGUCUGUUCUCUGUAUCUAUCUGCUUGUUUUUGUUUUUAAUGCUUAUAUUCCACAUAUGAGUGAGAUAAUUAUUUGUCUUUUUGACUUAUUUUACUUCAGAGUUUUUUCAUUACAACACGAAUACAAACCACAAUUUGCUUAGUGAAUAUUUUAGGAAAAUGAGAAUGCCAAAGUAAGGAUAAGUAAAUGGGUCUCAUUCCUCCAAACUAAUGGAAAAUGUCUGUCUCUCACUUGUGUAGAUGGAGAUAAAAUAAUGGUAUAAAAAAAUUUCCAUCAACACCUCUGUUUCCCAAGUUAGUUAGUUUUAUUUACCCACAAGUUAGUAACACCCAGUUAAAGUCAGGGUAGAAUUCUGCAUGAGGCACAUGGACAUUUACAUAAUCACCAUCCAGUUGCUCUAAGUGGACUGGAUGGAAGGCUGUCUGGCAGAAUCUCCCUGUGCUCUUACUUAAGGCACCUUGGACAAACCUCACUGGUUGCUAGAAGUAACCUGACUUUUGUGUCCUAAGGGAGUAACAAAAUCUGGUCCUGACAGCCUCCGUUUCAGAGCAAUAAGUGGUUUUGGGCUGCACAGGUAAGAGAUGACGUGGAGCUGACGCCCAAAGGGUGGCGACGGCCUGGCUGGUUGGGAACCAGGUCCUGCUCCCGUUUCCCAAGGGCCUUGUGGUCGACAUCAUGUCCUGGUCUGUGGCCUUUCUCUCCAAAAUGGAUGCUCUGCUUGCACAUGGCCCAGCAGACCUUCCUGAAUCCUUUCUAGAUUCACUUUCAAAUAAAACACCGAUAAUCUGUCCACAGUCAAUGCCUUGUAGUUCCUACUCCAGGAGACAGAAGGAGCUAGCUGUGCAGGUGGACCUAAAUUCAGCCAGUGUUCUGCUGGAUUUACACCCCUGAGUGAGGUGCUCAAACCUGACCUUACCUGUGGCCCAGGAACUGAAGCCAUGUAAGAUCUCUGUCAGAAGACAGCAAUAAUGACAGCAAUCAGCCGUACAGAUAAAAGUGACUGAAGAAUAAUGUCAAAAGCCAUAGGUUGGAGAAAAGAGACUGAAGGAAUAUUCCUGCAUGUCACGGUUCCACGGAAAGUAAGGUCAAACCAGAGUGUUGAUUCAGAAAAGCAGGUGAUUUAUAUCAUUACAAUUGAUGAAAAAACAUACAUGCUGCAUCUCAGAAAACACUCAUUUUUAUCCCAGAACUUCGUGGUUUAUUCAUAUAAUGAAACUGGAUCUUUGCAUUCUGAAUCUUCAUAUUUUAAGAUGCAUUGCCAUUACCAAGGAUAUGUUUCCAAUUUUCCAUACUCAGCUGCAACGCUCAGUAUCUGCUCUGGACUCAGGGGAUUCCUUCAGUUUGAAAACAUCACCUAUGGAAUUGAGCCAUUGGAAUCUUCAGCAAGAUUUGAGCACAUAAUUUAUCAAGUGAAAAAUGGAAAUCCAGAUAUACCAAUGUUAGCAGAAAAUUAUAGCUAUAUUUGGCAGAAAGACCAGCCCUACAAAAUUCAUUUAAGUUCACAGGAAAAAAUUAUUUCAAAACUAUUACCUCAAUAUCUAAAAAUGCACAUCAUAGUGGAAAAAGCUUUGUAUAAUUAUAUGGGAUCAGAAAUGAUGGCUGUAACACAGAAAAUUAUCCAGAUUAUUGGCCUUGUCAACACUAUGUUUUCUCAGUUCAAACUGACUGUGAUAUUGUCUUCUUUGGAACUGUGGAGAGAUAAAAACCAAAUUCCUACCAGUGGGGAUGCUGAUGAUUUAUUACAAAGAUUUGUGACAUGGAACCAGGGCUCUCUUACCCUAUGGCCCCACGACACAGCAUUCUUGCUUAUUUACAGGAAACAUCCUAAAUAUGUGGGAGCAACAUUUCCUGGCACAAUAUGCAAUAAAAGCUAUGAUGCAGGUAUUGCUGUGUAUCCAGAUGCAAUAACUUUAGAGGGAUUUUCAGUUAUUAUAGCUCAACUACUUGGCCUUAAAAUUGGAUUAACAUAUGAUGACAUCAAUAAGUGUUCUUGUCCAAGAGCUACGUGUAUAAUGAAUCAUGAAGCAUUGGGAUCCAGUGGUAUAAAGAUUUUUAGCAACUGUAGCAUGCAUGACUAUAAAUAUUUUAUUUCAAAACUUGAGGCGAAAUGUCUUCAGAACUUACCAAAGUUGCAACCAUCAUAUCAAAAUCAAUCAGUGUGUGGUAAUGGGAUUCUGGAACCUGACGAAGAAUGUGACUGUGGCAGUGAAGAGGAAUGUCUGUUUAAGGAGUGCUGUGAUUACAAAACAUGUAAACUGAAAGGCUCAGCGAAAUGUGGUUCUGGACCAUGCUGUACCUCAAGCUGUGAGAUAUCAGUGGCGGGCACUCCAUGCAGAAAGAGUGUUGAUCAUGAGUGUGAUUUCACAGAAUAUUGCAAUGGGACCUCCAGUACUUGCGUCCCGGACACCUACGCGCUCAAUGGCCAGCUGUGCAGGUCGGAGACCGCGUUCUGCUAUGAUGGACAGUGCCAAACUGCUGAUAAACAGUGUGCCCAGGUAUUUGGAAAAGGUACUGCUCCAGCUCAUGUGUUUCUUUUACCUUAACCUGGGACCCUCCAGAGGAUAUACUACUUAUCACACCUCUAGAAGUGGAGGAACCUGAAGCACAAGGUCAAGAAAGAUUAAAUUUCAAUUAAAGGUUUGUUUUUGUAGGAGUGUUUGAGAUUUUCCAGAAUAGUCUUGCACAUUCCUUUUCUCAUGGUUUGGUCUGGUUUUCAGUGAUUAGCUACCUAGGCAGAAAUCUAUAUGAUGGCUCAUGAUUUACAGAGAGAUUGGAAUGGCAAGUCAGUAGCUUCUGAAAUUUGCUUAGAUUCCUUUUAUGUUCAUGGCCUACUUUUUUUUUUUUUUUGA